AAAGUUGAGCUUCGAAGAUGUUUCCAUGGAAAAACGUAUGCACCAUUUUACCAAAAGGUAUUCCCUUAAGAGUUAUCAUCUUAAGACAGAGCUCUUCUGCUCCUCUGGUCUUUCGGAAGCAGGAUCUCAUCAAAUAUGGAGUCGGACGAGAAGACAUGGUAGGGGUGUUCACGUGCUCUAGUGCAUUUCCAAGACCUCGACUUAGAUUCUUCUCUGCGAAAUCAUCGCAAGAUAAGAAAGAAAGUUCCUUUUUUCAAGAGUUAGUCGAAUCACAAGAGCAGCCGCAAAUACAGCUGACAGUUGGUGCUAAAGUUGUACAGGCUGGAAAAGACGUCAGCUACUUUGGUAUUAUUCUCAUUGGAUUUGCCAUCACAGGUAUUUUAAUUUGGUUCGUGGUGAGUGAGUUGUUUUUUGGCUUCAGUGCAAAUAAAGUUUACGCUAAAGCUCUUAAAAAGGUCAAAGCAAGUGCAGAGGUAAUUGAAGCAAUUGGAGAACCAAUAAUGGGACAUGGAGAGACAAGUUCAAGAGGAAGAAGAAGACAUGUUAGCUACCAAGAAUAUUUAGUGGAUGGUGAGAACUACAUGAGAGUCAAGUUUUAUGUGUCGGGACCCAAACGGAAAGGAACUGUUCAUGUUGAUGUGAAAGAGGGAUUACGAGGGGGCUUUGACUAUCGCUUCAUCUUCGUUGAACUCUCUGGAUCACCUGCUGAGACUAUCAUAGUGUUGGAUAAUCGAUGAGGUGUUCCCUGUAAAAAAAAACCAACAUAUCCAAGUGUGUGAUGACAACCAACAAAUUGAGCAA